CCCAAUGGACGCAACCUCGGUCCAAAAUGCUUCACAAGACAUAGAAAGUGAACCCGUAACUGUUCUGGAUGAUGUUUUUGAAGAGAUGGAAGAAAAUCAAAAUGGAGGACAAAAUAAAGUUGAUGAAGAGGUUAAAAACUCGAAAGAAGUUGAAAUUUUGGAAGGAAAAGUCAAAGAAUUGAAACAAGCGAUGGAAAAUGGUGGUUUGACAACCGAACCUCAACUGAUAAGAGGAGAGGCAAAGAAGCUGUCAGCGAGGAGAAAAGAUGAUGAAUGGAUUAAAGUCGUUCCAUCAAGUGAAGAGGAAAGUAUUGAAACAAAAGAUUGGAAAAAAGAGUUAAAACCUGUUAAGAAGGAGCUAUGGGACAAAACAGAGGAAAAAUGUCCACCAAGACAAGACGCCUGGAUCCAAGAGUUGAAAUCUGUGAUAAAGGACGAAUCCUUGCAGAGAAAACGUGACCCAAACGUUAAGAAGAAGAGAGUGGUUUUGUUUGAAGAUGGCCGAUCGUACCUGCCGCAGAAAGAAUGGUUUGGGGAUGACAGGAAAGAGGAAAUCAAACUCAUCUCUCACACCAGAAAAGUGGACACUCCGUUGUUACCGAUGAAAACUGAUGGUUCAGUAUCUAACGACCAAGACUAUACCAUCUCUCUAUAUGUCAAGGCUGGCAGUGAUGGAGAGACCAUCGGGAACUGCCCUUUUUCUCAGAGACUCUUCAUGAUCCUGUGGCUAAAGGGAGUCAUCUUCAACGUCACUACAGUCGAUCUUAAACGGAAGCCCGCUGAUCUGCAGGACUUGGCUCCAGGCACCAACCCUCCCUUCAUGACCUUCAACGGAGAGGUCAAGGUCGACGUCAACAAGAUCGAGGAGUUUUUGGAAGAAAAACUCAGCCCACCAAGUUUUCCCAAACUGGCAGCCAAACAUCCAGAGUCCAACACAGCAGGGAUUGACGUCUUUGCCAGAUUCUCUGCUUAUAUCAAAAACCCAAGAAAAGACACCAAUGAAGCCUUGGAGAAAGCCUUGUUAAAAUCCUUACGUCGUUUGGAUGAGUACCUCAGGAGCCCUUUACCCGAUGAGAUUAACGCCGACGAAUCCGGUGACGUCCCAGAAUCCACCAGGAGCUUUUUAGACGGAAACGACCUCACUCUGGCCGACUGCAACCUGCUGCCCAAACUGCACAUACUCAAGGUAGUAGCCAAGAAGUACCGUAACUUUGAGAUCCCCACGGAGAUGAUCGGAGUGUGGCGUUACCUGACCAGCGCUUAUCAGAGAGACGAAUUCACCAAAACCUGCCCCAACGAACGCGAAAUCCAAUGGGCGUAUCUCGAUGUGGCCAAGAGGAUCAAAUAAAAAUAAAAACAAAAAAUAAACGUUUUCAUCAUGAACAAAUCGUAUCUAGUCUGUGUACUUGCUGGUUAAGACGCACUAUACUGUUUUGUACCAUUUUACUAAUCGCUGAAUAACUAUCAUUUGAAUGGCUGGACCCAUUUAGAUUAGCAUU